ACACUAGAACAAAGUCAUUUUAUGUGUCACUUAUCUCCUAUUUUAUGGUAACAGGUUCCUGGAGUCCCUCAAAGCCAAUCAAAACCUUUAAACUCCCAGAAUUCCCUCCUCCGCUCGCCUACCAAUACGUUCAGAUUUACUACAAUGAUCUCAUCAAAGAGUUGAGUAAAGCCAUCUCCACAGCAACCCCAGAUGACUCCGCCCUCCUGGCACGUUAUUAUUACCUGCGAGGACUGGUGAACUCUGUUGCUGGGAAGCGCGUGGAUGCCCUCGGAGACUUCCAGAGCUUGUAUAAGACAGACAUGGACAUCUUUCCUGCCAAGCUACUGAAUGUGCUGGUCGAGUCUCUGCCGGUGGAGGAGAGGAGGAUGGCCGAGCGACGCCCUGAUUUGAACCGUCUAAUCAGCCAGGUGAAAAGAGAGAAUGAACAAGAGCGAGCGCGACCGAUAGAUGAUGGGACGGUGAAGAGAUUCGAACUGCCCAAGAAACACUUGCACAUGGAGGACUUUGUGCAGCGCGUUCAGGAGUCUGGCAUCGUGAAGGAUCAGGGCACCAUCCAACGGCUGUUUGAGGCGCUUACUGUGGGUGUGGAUUCCACCUCGCAGUCUGUGUUUUACCUUGAGCUGGAGGGUCAGCAGAAGCAGGUGGAUCCAGAGACCUUCUGCUUCUUCUACAACUUCUGGAAGGAGACGGAAGCGGCGGCUCAAGACGUGGAUCUGCCGGUCAUCGUGCUGGAGCACCUGGUGAAGGACGAAUGUGUCUACAAGCUCUCGUCCUCGGUGAAGACCAGCCACGGCGUGGGGAAGAUCGCCAUGACCCAGCGCAGGCUCUUCCUGCUGACGGAGGGCCGGCCGGGAUACGUGGAGAUCACCAAGUUCAGAGAUAUUGAGGACGUGAAGAUAUCAUCCACUCCUUUCCUUCUGCUGAGGAUCCCGACGCUGAAGAUCACAACCUCCCUCAGGAAGGAGACGUUCGAGGCCAAUCUGAAGUCGGAGUGUGACCUUUGGCACCUGAUGAUCAAAGAGAUGUGGGCCGGGAGGAAGAUGGCCGACGAACAUAAGGACCCUCAGUUCAUGGAGCAGGCCUUGACUAACGCUCUGCUGAUGGACGCUGUGGUCGGCUGCCUGCAGUCACAGAAAGCCAUCUUCGCUGCUACCAAACUGGCCUACUUCGACAAGAAGAAGCUGGAGGUGCCCAUGAUGGUCCCUAAAACAACCUCUGAGACCCUGAAACACAAGAUCAACCCGUCUCUGGACCAGACGUCUCCUCAGGCCGUGGACGUCCUGCUCUACACACCUGGUCAACUGAGUGUUUCGUCGCUGGACGGAGGAGGAAACCCAAAGCUUUGGUGUGCUUUGAGCAAUGGGAAGGUGCUGGUGUUCGACGCGGCCAGCUGGUCCAUGCAGAAGAACUCUGUACAAGUGGGAAAGUCCCGUCUGAACUGCAUGCUGGCAGUGAACCAGCAGCAGCUGUGGAUCGGCUCAAAGGAUUCGUUCAUUUACAUCAUAAACCCACGGAGCGUUUCCUGCAAUAAACAACUGACGGAGCAUCGCUGUGAGGUCACCGGACUCGCCCUGGAGGAGAGAACUGACAAAUUCAGUCAGACGUUGGCGUACUCGUGCAGUGAAGAUGGCAGUGUGAUCGUGUGGGACGUGUCGACGCUGCAGGUCAGACGGCAGUUCAGAGUCUCCUGUCACAGACUGCAGAGCGUCCAGAUCCACACCGGCAUGCUGUGGUGCUGUGGUGGUGAUUGUGUGCUGGAAGUGCGCAGGAACGGCACGGUUCAUCGUAAGGUGUCUCUUCCUGAUCACCUGCUGGGCUCACCGAGGGGCUUCAGCUGUUUCCUGCUCUUUAACGAGUCGGAGCAGCUGUGGACAGGUUUGGCAGACGCAGGAGAGCUGUGUGUGUGUGACUGCAGAGACCUGAACAAACCCUUCAUCAGGAUCCAGCUCAAAGACUGCACCGGCGUCGUCUGCAUGAUCAGAGUCAAGAACCAGAUCUGGGUGGGCUGCCAGGGGAAGACCCGCGGGAAGAUCUACGUGGUGAACACGGAGCGAUACACGGUGGAGAAGGAGCUGAUGGCACACGACGACAGCGUUCAGACUCUGUGCUCGGCUGAAGAUCGCUACGUGCUCAGCGGAGCCGCGCGGGCCGACGGGAAAAUCGGCAUCUGGAAGGUUGAGUAGAAACAAACCGGUACAUGUCAUCCGUUUCAGCCUCACCCAACACAUUUUCUCAAUCAGAUAUGAAUGUUUAUAGACAAAUCAAGCUUAUUUAAAAAAUAAAAGACCAUGCAUGAUCAUAAAUGCAUAGAUGCAUAUUGUAAAUGAAGAAACACAGUGCAAACACAUGCUGGCAGAUGAAAAACAGUGGACAUUUACAGCAAAAACAUGCAAAAUCUCACGCUUGUUACGUGAUUAUAUGAAAUGUAAAUAUUGAAGGGAAGGACACUUAUACACUACAUUUAUGAUGAAUUCUUCAGUGUUUAUGUAUCUCAUUCAUGUCUGAAUAUGAUUUAUGCUGAAGGAUGUUCCCUGGGCU